GAGUUAGAGGAAGAACAGAUCUCUCGCUAUGUCGCGAACGCGCUUAAAAAUAAAGUCUUACGUUGCUCUUCAAGUUCGCCCGCGCGAAGAAAUCGGCCAAGUUGUUCGUCGAAGAGGCAAGACGGGGGGACGUUCCGUUCGGUCUUCUUGGGUUGAGCCCGUCGAGUUUUUAUAAGCAACAUACGAUGGAGUGUAGCUUAAGAGUCGGCUUCGCGCUCGGUGGAGCGUGAGAGAGUGUAGGUGAGAAGGAGAGAAGAUUUCUCUCUCCCUUUCGUGGAGAUUGUACCGUGCUGUCAAAUGUUGCUGGACGCGAUCGAAAAAUGACGACCACCCACGGCGGCCACGUAUACUACGUGAUUAAGGUGCCCAAGGAUACCAACGACGGCAACGAGAGUACGGACAGCGGCUGGGACAACCCGUUCAGGCCGGACGGCGAUCUCUCCCGGGAAGCCGACGAGAUCGUCGAGCUGAUAAAGGGUGGGAAGCCGAUCACGCCGACCCCAGGUCAGAACGCGCCGCCUCUGCCGGGAUGCGACGGCAAGUCCGACUCGAGUCCGCUCCUCAAAUCCGGGAAUUGUCACUCAUCGCCGAGACCCGGCCAGGAGAAUGGCAGCGCACGUAGUGGCACUCCUUCAAAGGCCGGCCAGCCUGUCAAUGAAAAGGUCGGCGCGUCCCGGACCGCGACGGUGGAGGUCGCGAGAAUGACGGCGCAGGGCCCGGGCGACGCGUCACAAGUCGAGCACGUCACCCUGAAGAAAAAGCCUAAGUGCAAGUGCUGCGUGCUGCAGUAAUGACCGCGCGACGGGGGCGGCGAGGACGCGCACGAGAGACGGGCCCUCCUUCAUUAUCCAGCAGCGUGACUUCAGCGCUUCGUGGCUACCGAAGAAGUCACCGGCUCGCCCGGGCGGCAUCGAGGCAUCGAGGACGCAUCGAUGAAGAAGCGGCUCGAAAAGGAUGCCGGGAGACACAGGGAAACCGCCGGCAUUCCAAGCACGCGCUCGCAGGACCUGACGAACGGGUCCAGAAGAUGACUUCUCGGAGAGAGAGAGAGAGAAGGAGAAAAAAGUUUCGUCUUUGGAGAAACGUAGAGCGAUAUAUUUGAAACGAAGCGAAUAUACGAUUUGGGUCAGAUUGUUGGGAAUCUCUAAAAAAUGAAAGUCGAACGAGAUGUCAAAGAAGCUUCGUGUCUUUUAAUCACGAAGAAAUUUAUAAAAGGAAACAAGAAGCAAUUAUUUCGAUAGAAACGUAAGGAGGGCUAGCUUUCGAUCGAAAUUUGAGGCAAGAAGCUGUCGAUUCUUAUUAAGGAGAUUGGAAUCUCUUAAAAAAAUGUUCCGGGGGAACAUAGAGAUUGAAGCUAAUUCUUGCCGUGGAAGAUUGAACUCUCGCCAGACUAUUCCCCGGGCUUUCAAGCGCGGGAAAGAGGAGCGUCCAACGCGGAGGACGAAACGAGGAAUGUCAGUGCGCGAACGUUAAACCGCUUUUUCGAGACAGUGAUAUUUUAAUGAUGUCGCGAGAGCUAGGAAAGAAAAUGGACGAAGUAAAAGAGAGGAAAAGAAAUAUAUAUAUAUACAUAUAUAUAUAUAUUAUACAUACAAAACUAUAUUGUAGAUACAGAAUGGUAGCUGUAUAGCUUAUAUGCUUUUACUAUCGUGGUUAAUUAUCGUCAGGAUUAUCGUGAUUUCAAGAAUGCAUCGUGCGCGUAGAGCGAGAAAGGGAAAAAAAGAGUGCGUGAGAGAAAGCGUGAGUGUGAGCGAGAGAGAAACGUAGGGAUGAUGAUGAAUGAUAUGACUAUAUUAGGGGAAAAGAGUGUGCGCGACGAGGCAUGUAAAGUUCCACGGGGACGUGAUUCGUCCGUUAGAUCUCGACGCGAGCAGGAUACAUCGCCGUUUCUGAGGAAGCUAACUCAGCAGCUUUGAUUCAAUCUUUCUUUAAUGCACUGCGAAGGAUAUUCGACGCAUCAAACAUCGCUGUAUAUAGAGGAAGAGAGAGAGAGAGAAAGAGUGUGUGUGUGCGCCAGAUAUACCGCGUGCUCUAUCGCGUCUACGAAUUUCUCGAGCGGUUUGGAGAAUCGAUUUCAAUCAUUUUGCUAACAGCGCUUUAUUUUUAAUCGCUUAUAAUUAAGAAAUUAGCCGUCAUACCGUCUGUGGUCAAGAGAGAGAGAGAGAGCACGCGGUUUUUUUUGUACAUUCUAUGUAGGCGUUUAUUUUAUUAAACGCAUCAAAGAGAGUUUCGUAGGUAAAAUUCCUCUUUUCUACCUCUUUUAUCUAUCAUUUUAGACACAAUUCUAUUGAGAAAUCAUUUCUAUUGUUACUUUCCUUGUUUCACUUUUCGAACAGUCAUGCGUUAGAAUUUUUACAGUAAGACCUUCAUAUUCGUGAAGGUUAAUAAUAAUGAUAGGAUGGGGAUCGGACAUCCUUCUCUCGUGAUAAAAAAAAACAGGCAUAACAAGGCAUAAGUGGAUGACCCAACAGGAAAUGGUCUCAAAUGCUGAAAAGCAAUAUAGCUAAUAAUAAUUGAUUAGCAGAAGGCACUCGCUACAAUCUACAUUGGUUGCGUUCCGAAAACAAAACGUUCGAACGAUCGAACUGUUCCAAAAUAUGUUUGAUCGAUAGACGUAUAAAUAUUUAGAAUUGUUAAUCAAUAAUUAUUAAUAAGCUAUUAUGUUUUGACGUGUGAUCAAUGAGAAGAUUUCCGUAAAACUAACAGAUACAGUAAUGCUAAUCAUAAUAGAUGUUAUAAGUGGAAUGUCCCUUCAAAUUCAUCAAUGCUUGUGUGUCGCGAUAGAUUUUAUCUCAUACAUUUGAUCACAUUUAUAUAUUUAUUUCGUUCGUGUCAUCGACAUAUGACAUAACAAGCUCCUUCUUUGAUUGAUAUUUUUCGAAAUCUUUGAUGCUGAUUUCGCAACUAACAUCCAAUGCUAAGGCAGCUAUCUUUAUACUUGAUAGUUCCUGUAAUUUUACCUACGGAACUCCAAAGAGAGAGGAUUAUUUUUCGCGCGGGUGUAAAUAGCGCUUUAAUGCUAUUGCUCCUACGAGGCUCGAGUCCUGAGAACUUUCGUGCAUGUCUGUUUUAAAACGUUAUCGGAUCAAUUGUUGGUUGCCCUCGAGGAUCGAUAAGUCCGCCCUUCAGUUUUGUCCGCCACAACGCGAAAUUGAUCCCGAAUCCUUAUUUUUAUAACGAUCGAUAUGCAUGUUAGAUUUUUUUUCAUCGUAACGGAAUUAUGCGAAGCAUUCGACUUGAUUGCAGUCUUUUUAGCCGAAAAUUGUAAGAGGGGAAAAAGGGAGAGAAAGUUAUUCUUCUCUCUCCUGCGAUCAAUUAUGGUGAAUAGAAUCGCGCCUUUUUGAACAUGCCGAGGAUUCAUUGGCUCGUCAUGUUUGACCGAGUACCUAAGUGCAUUUCGUUAAUUAUUAUCAUGAGCGCCGCCAGAAUUUUUCAUAGAGGCACGCAGAUCGUUUGCUACUUCUUAAAAUAUAAAAUCUUUUUGUCAGAAUUAUAUAUAAAUAUAUAUAUUCACAGAAGUACGUGUUAUUAUUUGAACUGAAAGGAAUUAUAGUUUCUUUCGUGGUUUUGUAGCAUUAAAGGCAUCAAUUCUAAAAUUUUUAACUAAAAAAAUUUUAAAUUUAAGUUAAAAAAUUGAAACAUUUGUUUUUAAAUUAAAAAAAAAGAAGGUGGUUCUUUAGUAAAUCGAAUUAUUUUAGAAAUGUUCAGUUUUUUUAUAUAAUAAAUAACGAAGCUGAAAUACCGAACUUGACGUGUGCAAAAUUCUAGGGUAGGUUAUCGAUGAAAUAAGAGAGAAAAGAAAUGUUGAAAAUGUUACUUUUCACGUAUAACUUAGUGAUAGGUUGGGCUCGGAAGACUCUUUUGACUAACUGCACAUAAACGUUAUUUAAGACUUUUUAAAAAAAAACAAGACUAUUUUAAAAAACGAGACAUAAAAAAGACACAAGAGAUAAAAAACAAGAUUAUAAUAAUUUAAAAAAACGAUUUUAAUGGUCACAAAAAAGUAAUAGAUCAUCGGCCAUUCUGGAAAGAUAUUUAACAUUUAAAUUGCAAAAUAUCGCAUAACCUCGCUAACAACCUACAUUGUAUUUCAUUUUCCUAUCCUCGUGCAUUGUCGUGCGAGAUAGCAAUUAAUAUCGUCUGUGUUAUACUAUUUCAUUAGAUAUACACGUAGUUUUAAUAUAUAUUAUCCAAAUUAUUCAAAUAUGUGUGAUUUUGGGUGGGCCUGAUGAGGCAUCUAAAAUUUUCGGCACUUUACUAAAGACCACCUGCGAAAUAUUAUCUCAUCCUGGCUAUGAUUGCGUUGUAAGCCCGACAGUAAUUCGGCACGCAGUUUAAACAGUUGAAAAAUGGAUUUACAAUUCACAUAGAAAUAUUAUUUGGCACCAAGAUCCAGCUUCCCUACCGCGGAAGCCUCUUUUCUAAUUCUUUUUUAAUUAUGUUAUUCACUUACGCGUUCAACUUAUUAUUAUUACAAAUAAUUUUCUUUCUGUUUUUCACCUUUCUUCGGGAAUUUGAAAGAAUGUGUCUCCCUGCAUUUUUCUCACGAUGCUCAUGAUUUUUAUGUACCUGCGUUAAUGAGUUCCGCGUUCGGUUGGAGCGAACUGGGAUGAAACAAUUCAUUAAAAUCUCACGAUCACGUCGAGAGUCUUACAAAUAAUUAAAUUUAAAUUUAUAACAUUCUAGAAACACGAUAAAAAUAAGUUCCAAAUUAGUUACAGAAUCGUUCAUUAAAAUAUGUAUAAUUCGACCGAGAUAUUUUACCAUCUUGCUCCAAUCAACGGCGAAGCAGAAGCGCGCGAGAUGCCGGAUAGAAAAGGAAACCGGAAUUAUUUGAACGGUGUCGAAGAUACUAUUUUCCUAAUUAACGAGCCGCUCGAGGAGGGAAACCCGGCACCCCGCCGCUUCCGCGGUGGCGAUUUUUAAUGGACGAAAACAAUUUAUUGUGCGAACUAGUCGAAGGUAUAUCGGGAGAUGUUAACUCUUCGUGGCGGCGAUCAUAAAACGUCUUUUUGUAUUAUAAUUGUUUUAAAGUUCUAGUUGCGUAUAUACCCUACGGGGUAAUUACGAGAGAGAGAGAGAGAGAGAGAGAGAGAGAGAGAGAGAGAGAAGAGAGAGAGACAGUAUUGCAUGCAAAGUGCAAUGUUAAAGCUCGAAAUCCAUUUAAUUUUAAAUUGUAAAAUACGCCCCUUUCUCCAAACGAUAUUAAUAACACUAGUCUGCGAUGAAUUCAUUACGUCGGAUAUUUUAAGAUAUUGACAUCACUCUAAAUAAAAAAUCGCAAGAUCA